UCUUAGUCACGUACUUUGACCAAUGAGAGCGUGCCCUUACUAACGAGAAACAUUUAUACACUAACUCUACAAAUGCAGUCACAGUUGAGAGGCAGAUGUGAAUAGUUCAAGUUCAUUGGUGUAGAAUAUUUGAUUUGAACAAGAGACGAUUGCGGCUACCAUUUUCAAAAGUUUAGAAUUUCGUACUCGAUAAGAUUAAAAAGAAGUACCUAGAUUACAACAUUUAAAAUGCAGUGGUUUGGUUUCGUUUUGUUAGCGACGGUUUCACAGGCAGCCGUUCUACCGACUAAAUCUGUGAAUGAGCAGGAAAACGAUAUACCAGUGCCUAAUCUAACCAGUUUGAUUGCUGAGGACCCUUUCGCUUUUAAAUUGGGAUGGGAACCAGUGAAGAGUGACGCAGCAGACCCCAUUUUGGGAUACAAGGUGAAGAUUUGGGAACAACCAAAAAGGAAAGUUUAUAAAUAUGAAACAGUAGAUGGAAUCAAAGAAUUAGUAGAAGAAUAUGCACCAGCCAAGUUCCCAAUGACCAGCGACGCACCAGACUUUGAACCGAAAGAAGUUGUGAUAGUCAAAGCUGAUAAACACGAAGCCAAAGGCAAGAACAUGAACCAAGGCGUGAUCUACGAGUUCAGAGUCCAAGCGUUCACCAAGAACGGCGAUGGUCCACUAUCGGCACCGAUGAGGCUACAAUUCCAGAAACCGAAAAAUGACGAUCACAAAAGAGACAUAGGAAUUGGUGUAACGUGGGAACCUGUUUAUAGUCCGUCUUCUAAUCCAGUUGUGGGAUAUAAGGUCAAGGUUUGGGAACAACAGACAGGGAUAGUGUACGAGUACAUAAUGAUUGAUGGUGUUCUUCAGCUGGUUGAGAGGGAGGUAUUAGUUCCGUUCUUCUGCGUAUUGCUGCUAGUAGCUGUGGCUAAAGCCUCGGUUCUGAAGACGGCUGAGGAUAUCCCAGCGCCGCAUUUACUGCGUCUGGUGUCACUGGACCCUCCAGGUUUCAAAAUCGAAUGGAACCCAGUCAAGAGCAAAGAUGAAGCAGAUCCAGUCAUCGGGUACAAGGUGAAAAUUUGGGAGCAGCAGUCGGUAAAAACCUACAAUUAUGAAACGGUCGACGGCAUCCCCACGCUGGUACAGCAAAGCGCUUUGAAUCCGGUCCGGGUCCUGGCAUACUCCAAGAACUUCGAAGGGCAACUGUCCAACGGCAUGAGGAUCAAACUUGAAUAA